AUGCUCGUCCUGCUUUCGAUCAUCCUUAUUCGCUUGGCCACACCGGUCGCGAGUCAGAUGUACGACUACGGCUUCGAAGUCGAUCAUCACCUGUUCCAGAGCCACAUACAGCUACGGGAUACUGCCACUCCCUAUGUUGUAGGCAAUAUCCUUCAUGCCACUAACACUACUGCAGUGAGGCAGGAGAUCCGAAAGCUGGAGCAGGACCCGGAUUUGUGGACAUUGUAUAUGUUGGGACUUAACAUGAUGCAGUACGUGGACCAGAAUCAGCUGCUCUCGUACUACCAAGUCGCAGGCUCCAAUGAUACAUUGGUUGCUCUGGCCCUGAACAGAAACUUCGAGUCCAUCCAGCAGAGGCUCUAUAACCUAUUUUCAAAUUACGAUUCCUAUGGUAACUUUAGUAACAAAGCGUGGAUUCCGCCAUCUGAUAGCGGGAAAUACGACUCUCUGGAAUCUUUGCACGACACCAUACACAGCCUCGCCGGUCUUCAGGGGCACAUGUCCUGGAUUCCGUUCUCAUCUUUUGACCCUAUCUUUUUCCUGCAUCACUCCAUGGUCGAUCGAGCUUUCGCUCUGUGGCAGAUACUGUACCCGGACUCAUGGAUCAAGCCCACAGCCGCAACCUCCAAUAGCUUCACGACAUCCACAGGACAGAUCCAAGACUCGAAGACGGCGCUAACGCCUUUUUACUCCAGUACAAACGGCACGUUUUGGACUUCAGAUACCGUCAGAGACUUUGGCGUAUUCGGAUAUACAUACGACGACAUGGUGGAUUUUCCCAGGUCGAGCCUGACGGUGGCUAAUGCCACGACUCAAUCACAGGUGAAGGCACUCAUCAACCAGCUGUACGGAAAAUCCAGCCCGGCAAUGCUUGGAGUAGUCGGAGAGGAGGAUGAGGGGGUGACAGAAAGAACGAUGGCGCAGACGACGAGACGGUGGACAGGCCCAAGGCAAAAAGAACGGAUGGAACAUGAGGUGAAAAACUGCACUAACGUACAGACAAAGCCAAUAUUGCCGCACAGUUAUGAUUCGCCACAGUCGAUGCCCCAGUCACUUAUCGCAGAUGGCCAUUACCGGGAAUGGCUGGUCAACAUUCGUACGAGGAAGGAAGCCACUGGAGGAGCAUUUCUUGUGCACAUAUUUCUGGGCAACGUAUCAACGGAUACGAGAUCGUGGGCGUAUGCCCCCAACCUUGUGGGGACAAUGGGCGUGUUUGCGUCUCCUGCAAGUGCUAUGACGGGCAUGGACAUGAAAGACAGCCACGCUUUUGGAACGGUGCCGUUGACCUUGCCCUUGGCACAGCGGGUUGGGAGUGGAGAAUUGGCAAGCUUGGAGCCGGAAGUGGUACAGCCAUACCUUGGACGCAACUUGAAGUAUGCUGUUGCAACUACAGGUGGUGAAGCCGUUGUGCCCAAAGAUGCAAGUGAACUCAGCAUCACGGUGGUGAGCUCUGUGGUACAAGUCCCGUCAAAGGCCAACGAGCUACCUCGAUGGGGUGAUAUUGCGGUCCAUUUUACAUUGAGUUGA